CACGACAGAAAACAGACAGAGUCCGAUGACGACGACGAAGAAGAUCAAAGGGCUUGUUCACUUCGUUUUCUCAAUCUACCUGGUUUCUCUGCUAUCGGAUGUCCAAGUGCCCGUGCAAAGCCGAGUUCUCUUGCAGAAGAAACCCGACCCGGAGAAUGCUGCUGCCAGUGCUCGUUGGUUGGUCUCCCAGAAUAUUUGGGGCGUCUUGGAUACUAUCUCAAGCGAUUUGGGAGGAGCACCCUUCGGGAAUGUGGUUUCAUUUAGCGACGGAGAACCUGGAAAUGGCAGUGGUAUCCCUUACUUCUACUUGACAACUCUUGAUCCGACUGCAAGAAAUGCACUGAAAGAUCCAAGAGCUUCGUUGACAAUUAGUGAACAUCCUAUCGGAACCUGUGGCAAGACAGACCCAGAAAAUCCCACUUGUGCAAAGCUUACACUCAACGGGAAGGUGUGUCGCAACAGAAAAUUUAUUUGUUAUCCGUACUAUCCUCGAGAAGAAGGAGAAAUCGCAUUGAUUUUGGCUAACCUGGAAUGCAUGAUAUUUUUUCAGCUGAAGCUUGCGGAUCCCAAAAAAAUAGAAUUUGCUAAAAGGGCCUUGUUCUCGAAGCAUCCGGAGAUGAAGGACUGGCCCACGACUCACAACUUCCAGUUCUUCAAAUUAGACAUCGAGAACAUCUUUCUGAUCAACUGGUUCGGCGGUCCAAAACCUCUCACGGUCGAUCAGUACCUUCAUCCAAAAAAAUAAAUUUAGCCUCAUGUUAUCAUAUCUGAAUCAAUAAAUUUACUUUCAUGUCUUCAUGUGCUUAAUUCAAAAUAAAUUUACUUUCAUGUC